GAUGCUGUGACAUCAAAACCAGUAAUCCAGUUUCAAGGAAGCCAAGGGCACAUCGCAAUUCCAAGGCCUGAUCGACCUACGGAAGUGCGGACUUUCACAUUUUAUCUUUCAAAUAUUGGCAAGGACAGCCCCCAAGGGAGUUUUGACUGUAUCCAGCAGUAUGUAUCUAGCAAUGGCAAUAUCCAUCUGGAUUGCCUUGGAAGCAUACAGGAUAAAAUCACCGUGUGUGCUACUGAUGAUUCCUACCAGAAGGCGAGGCAAAGCAUGGCACAGGCAGAGGAGGAGACUCGCAGCCGGAGUGCUAUAGUCAUUAAGCCUGGGGGCAGAUACGUAGGCAAAAAGGUUCAGGUGCGUAAACCUGCACCAGGAGCUUCCGAUGCUGUUCCCUCCAGGAAGCGCCCAACGCCAGUCAACCUUGCCAGUGCAAUAAAGAGAGGCAAUAGUGCGAUUUCUCAAAGACCCUUCAAAGAUAGGGUUGUGCACUUACUGGCACUAAAGCCUUAUAAGAAACCUGAACUUAUUCUCAGAUUGCAGAAGGAUGGACUUUCUCAGCAGGACAAGGAUUUGUUGGACAACCUUCUGCAACAGGUGGCAAAUUUGAGUGCCAAGGACAGCACUUUCACACUGAAAGAUUGUGUAUACAAAGAAGUGCAGAAGGACUGGCCUGGCUACUCUGAAGGAGAUCAGCAGUUGCUGAAGAGGAUACUUGUUCGGAAACUCUGUCAGCCACAGAACAGCAGCGGUUUUCAAGGAGAAGCGCCUUCCCUGAGUCCACCAAAAGACAAUGUGAACUCCAGCUCUCCUCCUCAGAAACGAUCCCAGCCUCUGGAGUUUAUCGAUCCCCUGGCCAACAAAAAGCCCAGGAUCUCGCAUUUGGCUCACAGAACUCAGCCUACUUUCAACGGGAAACUGAAUUCCUCCAACGGGAAGGAUGCCCCUACCCCUGCCCCUGCCCUGCCGCCGGCUCUCCCGGAGUCGGUGAGCUCCAGCUCCAGCCUCCCGGUGCUGGAGCUGCCGAGGCCUCACGAUCCCCUUUCGGAUGUCAGCAAUGACCUGACUCACAACGGCAGAGACUGUGAGAACCCGGAGACAGCUGACAGACUGACUCAUCCUUUGUCGACAGACUGUCCCCAAACGAGCAAGCACAAUUGCAGCUCGUAUGUAAAAACCAAGAAAAAAUCCAAAAAGCACAAAGACAAGGAAAAGGAGAGAAAGGAGAAGAAAAAUGAAGAGAAAUGCAAAGAGGAGAAGCAGGACUGUGAAGUAAUAAAAAAUGCUGACUUAGUUAGUGUUCCCCAGGAGCAGGUCACAGGUUUAAAUGGAACAUGCAAUAAUUCUAGUGUACCAACAUCAACUUCAGAAAUGCCAGAUUAUUUAUUAAAAUAUGCAGCCAUUUCCUCUUCGGAGCAGCGUCAGAGUUACAAAAAUGACUUCAAUGCAGAAUACAACGAGUACAGAGACUUGCACGCCCGGAUAGAGAGGAUAACUCGACGGUUUACGCAGUUAGACGCCAAGCUGAAGCAACUUUUGCAGGGCUCUGAAGAAUAUAAGACCAUCCAUGAUCAAAUUUUACAGGAAUAUCGGAAAAUUAAAAAGACAAACCCCAAUUACAGCCAAGAGAAGAACCGCUGCGAAUACCUCCACAACAAACUGGCUCAUAUUAAAAAACUGAUAGCAGAGUAUGACCAACAGCAGUUUUAG